AUGCGGGUGACUACACGUGACUAUGCAGCCUGCCUCCAUCUCCCGAAGAUCACAAUCUUGACCAUCGUAUCAUUCCCGGACAUGGAGCAUACAACAAAGCGACUGAAUAUCAGUGAAGAGACGUGCGUCGUCCCCGACGCCCAUGCAAACGCACUCACCCUGGUGGUCCGUGAGCUGGACCGCGGGGAGGGGAGCCAGCCUCAUAAUCCUCGCACGGCUUGCAUCGGCACCUCGGGAUUAACCUUGAGGCAGACCGCAGAGGAGGAUUCGGAGGCGAGUCGUGUCCAGUGGAGCGAUGUUCCGUUCUCGAUGCUUCUGGAGUUCUGUUUAGGCCCAACGUGGUAA